AUGUGGACCUGUGCUCUUCAGGAGCAGCAUUUUGAUUUUCUCUUCAUUUACGAUGGCUGCUUCUCUGAGACAGAGGUUUCUCACGGGGCGCCUCCCCGGGCAUCCUCCGGGGGCGACCCGGGUCACGGGGGCGGCACGGGGGCCGAGGAACAUGACUUCACGGUGCUGGCUGAAGACCUGCAGCACUGUUCGGUCCAGAGCUGCGAGGACGCCGGGCGACGCUUCUGCUUCCACGUGGACACGCCCACAAGGAGCUGUACGUUCCAGGCCGACUGUGAGGCAGGUAGACAGGCGUGGAUCAGCGCCAUUCAGAAACGGACUCAGAGUAAAGAAACAGUCGAGAGCGAGGUGAAUUAUCAUUACCACUAUACUCCGCGAGGGGAGGGGUUUGGUUCUCGGCUCUGUAACACCAGUUCAAUGUGUCUGAAUCAGCAGGAAUCAGACGGGUACAAGGACAAUUUGAAAUCAGACUCCAGUGAUACGUUGUCGGACGGGGAGAUUCAGUUGGAGGACUCUGACUCUCAGGGACCGCGGGCGUCUUCUGAAGCUCCAGGUGGGAUCAGUUCUGGAGAAGUCGUCUGUGAUGCUCUCGAGAACAAGGAUGCUGAAGGAGAAACCACCAACGGAGAACGUCAAGAGGAGAAGACGACCGACAUGAACCCGGACAGCUUUGAGAGCCGAUAUACCGAUGGAGAGCUGCUGGGAAAGGGAGGCUUCGGUUCAGUCUACAAAGGUGACCGUAAGGCGGAUGGGAACCAGGUAGAAGUUCCAUGCGCUGUACCCGAGACAGACGACACCACAGAGGGAACGUCACGUGGUUAUGCGACGGUCAAGCUAGGCAGGCACAUUCAGACUCAAGAGCCAGUGGCCAUCAAGAUCCUGGAGAAGAAAGAGCUCGGGGAUGAGUUGUCUGAUUUGAGGAUAGAGAUUGAAGCCCUGAAGAACCUCAAUCAUCAGCACGUGUGCCGCUUGUACCAAGUCAUGGAGACUGCUGACCAGAUCUACAUGGUGCUUGAGUUUUGUCCGGGUGGAAAUCUGUUUGACCACAUCGAUAAUAACGACAGGUUGUCGGAGGAGGAGACGCGCAGGAUCUUCCGUCAGAUCGUCUCGGCGCUGGCCUACGUCCACAGCAAGGGAUACGCCCACCGUGACCUUAAGCCAGAAAACAUGAUGCUGGAUGAGAAGAACAACAUCAAGCUCAUCGACUUUGGUCUCUGUGCCAAACCAGAGGGUGGAUUGGGUACUGCUCUGAUUGAGGGCUGUGGAACCCCUCCCUACUUGGCACCAGAAAUCAUUGAUGAUAAACCCUAUCUUGGUGCAGAGGCAGAUGUUUGGAGCUUGGGUGUUGUCCUAUAUGACAUGCUGUGUGGCUACCUCCCGUUCGAUGGUGACAACUUUGAGGAGCUCCAUGAACAAAUCACUAAAGGACAUUAUGACACUCCUGACUGGCUGUCUCCUGGUUCUGUACUGCUGAUUAAGGAAAUGCUGCAGGUGGUUUCAGAGCAGCGCAUAAAGGUGGAGCAUCUGCUGGAUCAUGAGUGGGUAAUGAAGGGACAGUCCAACCAAAGCACCAAGCAGCUGGUGUCUGAGGAAGAAGGAAACGUCUGCUCACAGUGUGGGAAGAGCUUCAGGUUCCUGAGUUUUCUCAAAAUACACCAGCGCAUUCACACUGGAGAGAAACCGUAUCAGUGCUCACAGUGUGGAAAGAGUUUUAUUACACAGAGUGAUCUAAAAAAACACCAGCGCAUUCACACUGGAGAAAAACCGUAUUUCUGCUCACAGUGUGGGAAGCGUUUUAAUGCACAGAGUAAGCUCAAAAUACACCAGCGCAUUCACACUGGAGAGAAACCAUAUCGGUGCUCACAGUGUGGAAAGAGUUUUAAUACAAAGAGUGAGCUCAAAAUACACCAGCGCAUUCACAGUGGACAGAAACCGUAUCAGUGCUCACAGUGUGGAAAGAGUUUUAAUCAACAGGGUCAUCUCAAAACACACCAGCGCAUUCACAGUGGAGAGAAACCGUAUCAGUGCUCACAGUGUGGGAAGGGUUUUAAUACAAAGAGUGAUCUGAAAAAACACCAGCACAUUCACACUGGAGAGAAACCGUAUCAGUGCUCACAGUGUGGAAAAAGUUUUAAUCAACAGAGUCAUAUCAAAAUCCACCAGCGCAUUCACACUGGAGAGAAACCGUAUCAGUGCUCACAAUGUGGUAGGGGUUUUAAUACAAAUAAUGAUCUCAUAACACACCAGCGCAUUCACACCGGAGAGAAACCAUAUCAGUGCUCACAGUGUGGAAAGAGUUUUAAUACAAAGAGUGAGGUUAAAAUACACCAGCGCAUUCACACUGGAGAGAAACCGUAUCAGUGCUCACAGUGUGGGAAGAGUUUUAUUCAACUGAGUCAUCUCAAAAUCCACCAGCGCAUUCACACUGGAGAGAAACCGUAUCAGUGCUCACAGUGUGGGAAGAGUUUUAAUCAACAGAGUCAUUUCAAAAUCCACCAGCGCAUUCACACUGGAGAGAAACCGUAUCAGUGCUCACAUUGUGGGAAGAGUUUUAAUCAACAGAGUGCUUUCAAAACACACCAGCGCAUUCACACUGGAGAGAAACCGUAUCAGUGCUCACAGUGUGGAAAGAGUUUUAUUACACAGAGUGAUCUAAAAAAACACCAGCGCAUUCACACUGGAGAAAAACCGUAUUUCUGCUCACAGUGUGGGAAGCGUUUUAAUGCACAGAGUAAGCUCAAAAUACACCAGCGCAUUCACACUGGAGAGAAACCAUAUCGGUGCUCACAGUGUGGAAAGAGUUUUAAUACAAAGAGUGAGCUCAAAAUACACCAGCGCAUUCACAGUGGACAGAAACCGUAUCAGUGCUCACAGUGUGGAAAGAGUUUUAAUCAACAGGGUCAUCUCAAAACACACCAGCGCAUUCACAGUGGAGAGAAACCGUAUCAGUGCUCACAGUGUGGGAAGGGUUUUAAUACAAAGAGUGAUCUGAAAAAACACCAGCACAUUCACACUGGAGAGAAACCGUAUCAGUGCUCACAGUGUGGAAAAAGUUUUAAUCAACAGAGUCAUAUCAAAAUCCACCAGCGCAUUCACACUGGAGAGAAACCGUAUCAGUGCUCACAAUGUGGUAGGGGUUUUAAUACAAAUAAUGAUCUCAUAACACACCAGCGCAUUCACACCGGAGAGAAACCAUAUCAGUGCUCACAGUGUGGAAAGAGUUUUAAUACAAAGAGUGAGGUUAAAAUACACCAGCGCAUUCACACUGGAGAGAAACCGUAUCAGUGCUCACAGUGUGGGAAGAGUUUUAUUCAACUGAGUCAUCUCAAAAUCCACCAGCGCAUUCACACUGGAGAGAAACCGUAUCAGUGCUCACAGUGUGGGAAGAGUUUUAAUCAACAGAGUCAUUUCAAAAUCCACCAGCGCAUUCACACUGGAGAGAAACCGUAUCAGUGCUCACAUUGUGGGAAGAGUUUUAAUCAACAGAGUGCUUUCAAAACACACCAGCGCAUUCACACUGGAGAGAAACCGUAUCAGUGCUCACAUUGUGGAAAGAGCUUUAAUCAACAAAGUGCUCUCAAAACACACCAGCGCAUUCACACUGGAGAGAAACCAUAUCAGUGCUCACAUUGUGGAAAGAGCUUUAAUCAACAGAGUGCUCUCAAAACACACCAGCGCAUUCACACUGGAGAGACAUUAGCUGACUGCUCAGAGUGUGGGAAGAGUUUUACUACGCAGAGUAAUCUCCAACAACACCAGCGUAUUCACACAGGAGAGAAGCCAUAUCACUGCUCAGAGUGUGGGAAGAGUUUUACUACGCAGAGUCAUCUCCAACGACACCAGCGCAUUCACACAGGAGAGAAGCCAUAUCACUGCUCAGAGUGUGGGAAGAGUUUUGCUCAACAGGGUACCCUUCAAAAACACCAGCGCAUUCAUACAGAAGAGAAGCCAUAUCACUGCUUAGAGUGUGGAAGCAGUUUUUCUCAACAGAAUACGCUCCAAAAACACCAGCGCAUUCACACAGGAGAGAAGCCAUAUCACUGCUCAGAGUGUGGCAAGAGUUUUGCUCAACAUGGUACCCUUCAAAACCACCAGCGCAUUCACACAGGAAAGAAAUCGUAUAACUGCACUGAGUGUGGGAAGAGUUUUACUAUGCAGAGUAAUCUCAAACAACACCAGCGUAUUCAUACAGGAGAGAAGCCAUAUCACUGCUCAGAGUGUGGCAAGAGUUUUGCUCAACAUGGUACCCUUCAAAACCACCAGCGCAUUCACACAGGAAAGAAAUCGUAUAACUGCACUGAGUGUGGAAAGAGUUUUACUCAAAGUAGUGCCCUUAAACUACACCAGCGCAUUCACACAGGAGAGAAGCCGUAUCACUGCUCAGAGUGUGGAAAGAGUUUUGCUGAACAUGGUAACCUUAAAAAACACCAGCGUAUUCACACAGGAGAGAAACCAUAUAACUGCACUGAGUGUGGAAAAAGUUUUACUCAAAGUAGUGCCUUUAAAGUACACCAGCGUGUUCACACAGGAGAGAAA